AUGGCAGCGGACACAUCAAUAGCAGCAGACGCAGAGAAAGAAAGACUUGCUCUUCGGGCUAAGAUGCUGACUUUGCCGUGGAAAGAGUACUCCUCGUCGGUGAAAGAAAUUGGAUUUGCCCUUCGCCCGAGGCCUAGCAAGAGGAAAGGCACCUGUGAAAUGAAGCGUGAGUCGUCACUUCUGACCACGAUCCUGCCCUUAGCUUGUUGGCUAGCUAUUUCCUUUCUUCUGGCCAUAAGCGUUGCGAUCCCGAUCGAGUGGACCCCAUCUCGCUUCGUUUACUUUUCUCGUUCGAGACCAACGUCUUGUCCUUUCUAUGAACAUUCAUUCCAUUCUUUCCUCCUCGGGCCCGAGGAGGUUAUCGGACAAAUUGAGUUGUCGGACACUUUGGAACAUUCAUGCCAAGAAGGAUACUUUGUGGUUUGGUUUCUCGAGAAGAGAGCUCUCUAA